AUGUCUUCCCUCGCGCAGGAAAGGAGGUCUGGAGAUCAGCUGCUGAGCGCGGCGCUGCUGCUGCUGUUCACGCUCACUGGUUGUUCAAGCAUGGAUGUGCUAAUGCCCAAUAGCAUUAAUGCAUUGAAUGGAACAACUGUCAAAAUCCUCUGCACAUUUACUUCCUGCUAUAAGAUGGAGGCUCCCAGGUUUGCCAUGAACUGGACCUACCAAGAAACACGUAACGACACAGAGGAGAUGUUUAUGACAUACCAUAAGAAAAGAGGAAUGGUGGCUCUGCGCUCUGACCGGUUUGGAGACAGGGUCACGUUUGCCGGGAACCUGGAUAAGAAUGACCUGUCAAUCACUCUAUCCGACGUUCAGAUCGUGGAUGAGGGGAUUUACAACUGCUAUGUGAGAAACCCCCCAGACCGCAACCAAGGACAUAAUGACCUACAGCUCAAUGUUGUUACCGAACUUCCCCCUCCAAGGGAUUCAACCAUUGCAGUUGCGAUCGGGGCAUCAGUGGGCGGAGCAUUAGCUCUGCUGAUCCUUUCCAUGGUAGUAGUGAAAUGUCUCCGUCGACACCAAAAACAGGAACUGAUUUCAGAAGAGAAGAUGGAGGAGGAGGGAAAACUGGAUGCUGAGGGUGUUGCAGAGGAGGGAAUCAAGUAA